UCCCCUCGCGGCGCCCAGUGUGUAGCGUGAUGCUGACCCUUCUUUUAUUCUCUCUUUCUUUUAGGGAGAAGAAAAGAAGGAGAAUAGAGGAGCUGCUGGCUGAGAAAAUGGCUGUUGAUGGUGGGUGUGGGGACACUGGAGACUGGGAAGGUCGCUGGAACCAUGUAAAGAAGUUCCUCGAGCGAUCUGGACCCUUCACACACCCUGAUUUCGAACCGAGCACUGAAUCUCUCCAGUUUUUGUUAGAUACCUGUAAAGUUCUGGUCAUUGGAGCUGGCGGCUUAGGAUGUGAACUACUGAAAAAUCUGGCAUUGUCUGGUUUUAGACAGAUUCAUGUUAUAGACAUGGACACUAUAGAUGUUUCCAAUCUAAAUAGGCAGUUUUUAUUUAGGCCUAAAGAUGUUGGAAGACCUAAGGCUGAAGUUGCUGCAGAAUUUCUAAAUGACAGAGUUCCUAAUUGCAAUGUAGUUCCACAUUUCAACAAGAUUCAGGAUUUUAAUGACACUUUCUAUCGACAAUUUCAUAUAAUUGUGUGUGGACUGGACUCUGUCAUAGCCAGAAGAUGGAUAAAUGGCAUGCUGAUAUCUCUUCUAAAUUAUGAAGAUGGUGUAUUAGAUCCAAGCUCCAUUGUCCCUUUGAUAGAUGGGGGGACAGAAGGUUUUAAAGGAAAUGCCCGGGUGAUUCUCCCUGGAAUGACUGCUUGUAUUGAAUGCACACUAGAACUGUAUCCUCCACAGGUUAAUUUUCCCAUGUGCACCAUUGCAUCUAUGCCCAGGCUACCAGAACACUGUAUUGAGUAUGUAAGGAUACUGCAGUGGCCUAAGGAACAGCCUUUUGGAGAAGGAAUUCCGUUAGAUGGAGAUGAUCCUGAUCAUAUUCAGUGGAUUUUCCAAAAGUCCCUCGAGAGAGCAUCACAAUAUAAUAUUAGGGGUGUUACCUAUAGACUCACUCAAGGAGUAGUAAAACGAAUCAUUCCUGCAGUAGCUUCUACAAAUGCAGUCAUUGCAGCUGUGUGUGCCACUGAGGUUUUUAAAAUAGCCACAAGUGCAUAUAUUCCUCUUAAUAAUUACUUGGUAUUCAAUGAUGUAGAUGGACUGUACACGUACACAUUUGAAGCAGAGAGAAAGGAAAACUGCCCAGCUUGUAGCCAGCUUCCUCAGAAUAUUCAGUUUUCUCCAUCUGCUAAACUGCAAGAGGUUUUGGAUUAUUUAACCAAUAGUGCUUCUCUGCAGAUGAAAUCUCCAGCCAUCACAGCCACAUUAGAGGGAAAAAAUAGAACACUUUACUUACAGUCAGUAACCUCUAUUGAAGAACGAACAAGGCCAAAUCUCUCCAAGACAUUGAAAGAAUUAGGACUCGUUGAUGGACAAGAACUGGCAGUUGCUGAUGUCACCACACCACAGACUGUACUAUUCAAACUUCAUUUUACUUCUUAAGGAAAAUAAACCUGCACAUAAUAGAAAACUCAUGGAAAUAUAUUACGUGGAUGCUAAGAACUUUAAUGUCAUUUUUAGCAUUAGUGUUUCUGGAAUUUGACUUUUUUUAUAUAAUGAACCACUCUUUUUUAAAUUUAUAACUUCCCCUUGAAGACAGAAUUUUUGGGUUGGUACUUGUAAGCAUUUUCAUUAAUAAUAUGGUAAAUGAUGCCUGGAGAGAGAGAUAAUGAGCAAAUGUAUCACUUAUUUCAGAGGAGGAGGCAAGCACUCUGUUGUGUCUGAAUUUUGUUACUGUGGUCAAAGAAUGCAUUCCUCAGUUUUCAUUUGAGCACCCACAUACAGAAAAGAUGUCCCUUUAAAGAAAAAAAGAAAAUUAAGUUUUAAAUAACAUUGAAUAUUACACCCUGACAUCUAGAGCAUAUUGAACAUAGCCUAUUUCUUGCUUGAUUUAAUAUUCAUUUUAUUGUGGUUGUCCAAAUGAAUAUUAAUUAUUGCAAAGGUUACUUUGUCCAUAAUAAUUUGUAAAUGGUGUUAUAGCUGAAUACCUGUGCAUGGAAAUGGAAACUAUUUUCAUGUUUACUUGUAGUGCCAUAGAGGCCAGUAUGCACAAUAUUAAAGCCAAGACAUGUGGAUGUUUAAAAGAAUUUAAUGUUCAGGCAGUUAUCACUGAUGCUUUCACACUAUUUAUUAAUAAAAUCAUAUAUUGUCUACUUUU